CGUUCGUGAUCCACAGACCGUUUCCCCUCCAACUAGAGAAGAGAUAAGUCUUGUCCCAUUUUGAGAAGCGAGAAAGGGAGCUCAUUUUGUAUCCAAGCCUGCAUUUUUAGACUGCAGGACCAAAGUUGUGGGAAACGGUCUCAGGAAAUAAUUUUGUAUUUCUACUACAUACAAACAGACUCGACAAUGUUUGAGGCUCGCUUGGUACAGGGAUCCAUCCUGAAGAAGGUUUUGGAGGCUCUGAAGGACCUGAUCACGGAGGCCUGUUGGGACGUGAGCUCGUCGGGUAUCUCUCUUCAGAGUAUGGACUCGUCCCACGUCUCCCUAGUUCAGCUCACUCUCCGCAGCGACGGGUUCGACUCCUACCGUUGCGACCGCAACCUGGCAAUGGGAGUCAAUCUUAGCAGUAUGUCAAAGAUCCUGAAGUGUGCUGGGAAUGAGGACAUCAUCACUCUCAGAGCAGAGGACAACGCAGACACACUCGCCCUAGUCUUUGAGACACUCAACCAGGAGAAGGUGUCGGACUAUGAGAUGAAGCUGAUGGAUCUCGAUGUAGAACAGUUGGGAAUCCCAGAGCAGGAGUACAGUUGUGUGGUCAAGAUGCCAUCGGGGGAGUUUGCCCGUAUCUGCCGUGACCUGUCUCAGAUUGGUGACGCUGUCAUGAUCUCUUGCGCCAAGGAUGGCGUUAAGUUCUCGGCCACGGGAGAACUGGGCACUGGCAACGUCAAACUGUCCCAAACCAGCAACGUGGACAAGGAGGAGGAAGCGGUGAGUAUUGAGAUGAACGAGCCAGUCCAGCUGAUCUUUGCUCUCAACUACCUCAACUUCUUCACCAAGGCCACACCCCUCUCCAAGACAGUCAUCCUCAGCAUGUCUGCAGACAUCCCCCUGGUGGUGGAGUACAAGAUAGCUGACAUGGGCCAUGUCAAGUACUACCUGGCGCCCAAGAUUGACGAGGAGGCUUCCUAAACCUCCCUGGUCCAAACUUCCAAUGGAGUGGGGGGGGUGUUCAUGUUCAUUCCUGUGGGUGGGGAGGAGGAUCUUGUUGGCGGGUGGGAAGGGGAUGGCUGACUGACUUUGUCUGCAUCAUGGCAUCACUAUUGCGUUUUAGUUUUAUCUGGAUACAUUUGUUGAUAUCAGCAGUUUGACUGAUCCAGUCUGAAUUAGAUGUUUUUAUACUGGAUAGACAAUGGUGGUAGGGAUCUACUAAUGUCCUUUUCUGGGACUAGGGUUCUUAUUCCAGCUCAAGUACUUAUCAGUUACUAAUCUUACCUGGCCAGCUGUCUGAGGAAGAUCAACAACAUUGUUUUGGAGUUGUGUUGUUGAUCUUCAACAACUCCAUCCCUACCCUUGUUCCCUCUUCUGUUUGGAAAACAAAUGCUCAUUCCAAUUUGUAGAUAUGUCUGUAUAUAUGUUCUGUGGUCAUGUUCACCACUCUCACUUUUUAUUCUUGAACACCAAUAAAUAAAUUUGCUUCUGAUUUUA